CUACUAUGGAUGUGCUGUUCUGUGCUUUGGUACUUAUUCAGUCGUACGUCUGAGGCUCUACGAGAAAUUUCAUUUAAUAAUUCCAGUUCAUCACAUUGAUUGGCUCAUAUUACUUCCUGCCGUCGAGUGUAAAAGAACACGUUCCUCAGCUUUUUCUUUAAUUUCCCUUGAAUAACUACGACUGAUCUUGGUGAAAAUCGAAGGAAUAAUAAAACUGAUCGAUUACAAAGCUGAUAGUCAGAGUGCCAUCAUUCCGUAGUGGGGUUAGCUGUUAGAUUUGUUAGAAGUUGAGGCGAAUCUUCGCUGCCAGUGAUUAAUCUCGAUCAGUAGUAAGGUUCGAGGUCAGUGUGCCAUAUAGAAUAGAGUUGUGCGGGGCAGUGUAAGAAAAAGAUUAAGUUAGCAUGAGUCCCGAGGCUGCAACGACUGCCAAAGCCCGUGUCCUGGUGAUUGGAGGCGGCGGACGAGAGCAUGCCAUCUGCUGGAAGCUGGCUCAAAGCCCUCGGCUGGAAAAAGUCUACGCCCUACCCGGCAGUCCCGGCAUCGAGCAACUCGAUAAAGUUACCCUGGUUGCUGGUAUUGGCGUGAAGGAUUUCGAUGCCAUUGUCAACUGGUGUAAAACGAAUUCCAUAAAUCUGGUAGCUGUUGGGCCUGAGGACCCUUUGGCUCAAGGUCUGGGAGACAAACUGCUAGCGGCCGGCAUCCAAUGCUUUGGUCCAGGGCAAAAGGGAGCUCUAAUCGAGGCUGAUAAAAAUUGGUCCAAGGAUUUCAUGCACCGCCACGGCAUCCCGACGGCACGUUAUUCCUCGUUUCGGAAUGCUGAUGAAGCGAAGGCUUUUAUUCGUUGCGCAUCCUAUGAAGCGUUGGUCGUAAAAGCUAGUGGUCUAGCCGCUGGAAAAGGUGUUAUCGUUGCUGAAAAUCAAGACCAGGCGUGUGAUGCAGUGGACGAGAUCUUGGGUGAUAAAAAGUUUGGAUCAGCUGGCGAUGUAGUUGUGAUCGAGGAAAAACUAACAGGAGAAGAAGUAUCCGUGCUGGCUUUCGUGGAUACGAAAUCGGUUCGUGUUAUGUUGCCAGCUCAGGAUCACAAGCGAUUACAAAACGACGAUCGAGGACCUAAUACUGGCGGGAUGGGAGCGUACUGUCCAUGUCCCAUCAUCAAAUCGCAUGAACUUGAAAUUAUUUCGCGAGAAGUGUUGCAGCGGGCCGUAGACGGUCUGCGUAAGGAGGGCAUCAAAUACAACGGAAUUCUGUAUGCUGGAAUGAUGCUUACCCCCAGCGGACCAAAGACGCUAGAGUUCAAUUGCCGAUUCGGAGAUCCGGAAACGCAAGUCAUACUGCCAUUGCUGCAAACGGAUCUGUACGAAAUAAUGGAGGCAUGCUGCACCGAUCGACUAGAGCAUAUCGCCCUCAAGUUUCGCGAAGAUGUGAGUGCCGUUGGUGUGGUCAUGGCCAGCAAAGGUUAUCCAGAAUCGUCAACCAAAGGAUGUGUUAUCAAAGGUAUGGAUUCGGUAUCCACUCGACCUGAUCACCUGGUGUUCCACAUGGGCGUUGGAAGGAAUGAUGAUGCGCAGUUUAUCACAAACGGCGGUCGGGUAUUGAUCAACGUUGUCCUGCAAUCGAAUCUUCGUACCGCAGCAGCCUUGGCUACAGCCGCCUGUAACGAUGUUAAGUUCGAUGGAUCCCAAUAUCGUACCGACAUCGCUCAGAAAGCAUUCAAACAUGUUGGAUUGAGCUAUAAGGCUAGUGGAGUGGAUAUCGACGCUGGAGACGCUCUAGUGCAAAGAAUCAAACCGUUGGCUCGUGGAACUAUCCGAUCAGGAGUACUGGGCGGUUUAGGGGGAUUUGGGGGCCUUUUCAGGUUGAACGAGGUUACCUAUAUCAAUACCAAUGGAUUACGAGUCCCUUAUAGUGAUCCGGUGCUGGUUCAGGGAACGGAUGGAGUCGGAACAAAACUUAAAUUGGCCGAAGCUUUGAAACAUUGGGAUACUAUCGGAAUUGACCUCGUUGCGAUGUGCGUCAAUGAUGUUCUCUGUGCUGGGGCUGAACCAUUGGCGUUUUUGGACUAUAUAGCUUGCGGUAAACUUGACGUUCCAACGGGUGCUAUGAUUGUGAAAGGCAUCGCCGAGGGUUGUCGAGAGUCCAAUUGCGCCCUAUUGGGAGGAGAAACAGCCGAGAUGCCUUCUAUGUACGAAGCAGGAAAGUACGAUUUGGCAGGGUAUUGCGUGGGAGUUGUGGAUCAUGAUCAAAUAUUACCUAAACUGAACGAAAUACAGCCUGGAGACUUAGUUGUAGGGCUUCCAUCAAGUGGAGUUCAUAGCAAUGGGUUUAGUUUGGUUAAUAAGAUUUUGGAAAUCAAUGGCUACAAGCUGACGGACGAAGCCCCGUUUAGUGAUCACGGCUUUUCUCUCGGGAUGGAAUUAAUGACACCAACAAAACUGUAUGUGAAACAAUUAUUACCUGUCAUCCGUAAAGGUAACGUGAAGGCUUUGGCCCACAUAACUGGCGGAGGUUUAGUGGAGAACGUCCCAAGAGUGUUGAGGAAUGAUCUAGCUGUGGAGAUUGAUGCUGAGAGCUUCAAUAUUUUGCCAGUAUUUGGGUGGUUGGCUGCGAAUGGGAAUGUUCCUGAAUCAGAAAUGUUAAGGACAUUCAAUUGUGGCAUUGGAAUGGUGGUUGUUGUACCAGCUUAUGAUCAAACCUGGGAGUUGCUGAAAUCUUGUGGAGGCACUGUCAUAGGUCAUGUUACAGAACGCAAAUCAACGAACUUGCCGCAAGUUAGUGUCAGGAACUUCAAAAAAGCGAUUGAUAAAGUAGCUCAACCGUACCAACAAAAACUGACAAAAACUGCGAUUUCUUACAAGGAUAGCGGCGUGGAUAUUGUAGCCGGUGAUAAUCUCGUGACAAAAAUCAAACCCUUAGCUAAAGCCACUACUCGGGAUGGCUGUAUUGGAGGACUUGGAGGGUUUGGAGGUUUGUUCCGUCUGAAAGAUAUGGGUACCUUUAAAGACCCAAUAUUGGUUUUGGGAACUGACGGUGUGGGAACAAAACUGAGGAUCGCUCAAAAAAUCAACAGACAUGCGACUAUCGGUAUUGAUCUGGUGGCUAUGUGCGUAAACGAUAUACUUUGUAACGGAGCUGAUCCGUUAAGUUUUUUAGAUUACUACGCCUGCGGCCAUUUAGAUGUUAAUGUAGCUGCCGAAGUUAUAGAAGGAAUCGCAAAAGGUUGCGAACUGAGUGGCAGUGCAUUGAUCGGGGGCGAAACGGCAGAAAUGCCAGGAAUGUACGAUGGCGGAAGCUACGACCUGGCUGGCUUCUCCUUAGGAAUUGUUGAAAACAAACUAAUGCUUCCAAAAUCGAAUACAAUAGUUGGAGGGGAUAUUCUCAUAGGUCUCCCUUCCUCCGGUGUUCAUAGCAAUGGUUUCAGCCUGGUUCAUAAAAUUCUGGAGCAUGUAGGUGUCACAUACAACGAUAUCGCUCCUUUCAGUGCUACAGAUCGAUCAUUUGGAGAAGAGCUGCUAUCUCCAACGAAAAUCUACGUAAAAGAAGUGAUGCCUCUUCUUCAGCUGAAUUUAAUCAAAGCUCUAGCACACAUUACUGGUGGAGGUUUGACGGAAAAUAUACCUCGAGUCCUUCCUAAUGGGGUUGGAGUAGAAAUAGAUGCCAAAAGUUUCCAUAUUCUACCCAUUUUCGGAUGGUUAUCUAAGGGUGGAAACAUUGAGGAAAAGGAAAUGUUAAGAACAUUUAAUUGUGGCAUCGGCAUGACAUUGGUAGUGGCCAAAGAAAAUGCUUCUGUUGUCAUGGAACAUCUCCAAUCUACUAGAGCAUCCGUAAUUGGAAAAGUUAUCAAUUGCAAACCAUCUGAUCCUAAGGUAAAAGUACUGAACUUUACAGAAUCUCUCUAUAAAGCCCAACAGAUUUGUUGUAUGCUUAAAAAACGAAUAGCUGUACUAAUAUCAGGAUCAGGAAGCAAUCUACAAGCACUCAUCGAUGCAUCUCGGAAUACUGCCUUCGGAAUUCGCGGCGAAAUAGUUCUGGUGUUAGCCAAUAAAAACAACAUAUUCGGGCUGGAGAGAGCCGCGAAAGCGAAUAUUCCUUCAAAGGUUAUCCUCCACAAAGACUAUUCUACCCGGGAACUCUUUGACGCUGCAAUGUCGGAACAACUCGAAAAUGCCAAUAUAGAUCUUAUUUGCCUAGCAGGUUUUAUGAGAAUCCUAUCAGAAAGUUUCGUCCGGAAAUGGAAGGGAAGACUCAUCAACAUUCAUCCUGCUCUGUUACCAAAGCACAAGGGUAUUCAUGCACAACGCCAAGCACUGGAUGCGGGCGAUUCCGAAUCCGGUUGUACGGUUCAUUAUGUGGAUGAAGGGGUCGAUACUGGUGCCAUUAUUCUACAGGAAAAAGUGCCUGUUUUGCCCCAGGACACUGAAGAAACGCUAACCGCAAGGAUUCAUCGAGCUGAACACGUAGCCUUCCCCAAGGCGUUGCGAUUGGUCGCCAACGGUUUAGUAAACCUUGGGCCAGACGGUAAGGUGCGAUGGAAUUGAAGAGUUUCAGACGUUUUAAGCUCAAAACAAAAUGUAACAAUCAAAGUACAAAAAAAAUUGGACUAAAUAAAAAUAUAUAUACACAU